UACAGGUGGCGCAUUUUGUUUUACAUUAAUAAUCGUUUUGAAUGAGACGCUCUUUAACGCAAACUUCACUUCGUUUAAUUGUUGUCAUCAGUUGUUGUUUCCAUGGGCGGCGGGACGCUUGAAAACAACAAUCGGUGAUGUGCUCACAUUAAAAGCCUCUUAGAACAAUCUGAGUAGAACUGUACACGAAAAUGCCACCUAAAAAGCAGAAGGACCCGACAGCAAACAUCUCUAGCUCCAUUGAGUCUGAGGACAUCAGUCUGGAGACAACAGUCCCCACAGAGGAUAUCUCAUCCUCAGAUGAAAAAGAUGGUGCACAGAAGGUGACAAAACAGCUCCUGGAGAGAAAAGAGCUGCUACAUAACCUUCAAAAACUGAAAAUAGAGCUGUCACAGAAAAAUCUGCUCAUAGACAACCUCAAAGUGGACCACCUUACCAAGAUAGAUGAGCUGGAAGAAAGGCUGAACGAUGCUCUUCAUCAAAAACAAGUGCUUACUUUGCGUCUGGACAGCCAGCUUAAACUACAGCAGGAUGAAAACAGGAAGCAGCAAGCCCUGAGGAAGCAGGAGAUGGACACCAUCAUGCUCAGACAGAAGCAGCUGGAAGAGACGAACCGUCAGCUGUGUGAGCGAGCAGGUGACCUACGCAGGAGCCUGAGGGACCUGGAGCUCUCUGAGGAGAAGUACACUGAACUUAAGGAAGUCCCUGAAGACAAACUCUCCAUCCCUGAAUAUGUGGCAGUUCGGUUUUAUGAUGUUGUUAACCCUCUGAGGGCUCUUGUGACUGAGCUGCAGAUGAAAAAGACAGACCUGACCGUGGAUCUGGAAAGUUACCGCAACCAAUUAAAAUCAAUAAUGGAGAGUUAUGAGGAGGAGAGGAGAGCACGUUCUGACCUGGAGAUCCGCUGUCAGAGACUCACACUGGAAAUUGCUGACACCAAACAAUUUAUACAGGAAGGAGAUUACAAACGAGAGAACUAUGACAAAAUCAAACGGGAAAGAGAUUGGUAUGAAACUGAGGUGAGAGAGUUGAGAAAGAAGUUUGAAAUAUUGGAUCUCACACAUACUGCUGUGACCAAAGAGAGCGAUGAUCUAAAUAAAGAGGUGGCCACUCUGCAGCAGUCAGUAACAUUAAUGCAAAAGGAUAAAGAAUAUCUAAACAAGCAGAACAUGGAGCUAAAUGUACGCUGUGCUCAUCAAGAAGACCGUUUGGACAGACUUCACACCCAGCUCGAGGACACUAAGAAGGCCAGGGAAGACGCCUAUGAAAAAUAUGUGGCAUCUAGAGAUCACUAUAAGACUGAUUAUGAAAACAAACUCCGUGAUGAACUGGAGCGAAUUCGGGUGAAGACCAGUCAUGAAAUAGAGAGCUUGCAAAAGGCAUCAAAAGAGAUGUACGAGAGAGAAAACAGAAACCUCCGUGAAACCCGGGAUAAUGCAGUCAUUGAGAAAGAAAGAGCCUUGAAUGCAGAGAGAGAUGCCCAAACCAAAUACGAUCAGCUCUUAGAUCAGUUCAGACAGUUGCAGCUGGGUUCAGACAGCAGGGUGGCAGAGCUGGUUAACCUGGUGAAGCUGAAAACCUUUGAGUUGGAGCGUGCUCAGAUGGUCCAGGAGGAGACAGCCAGGAACCUCAGCCUCUGUCAAAUUGAGUGUGAAAAACACCAGAAAAAACUAGAGGUUCUAACAAAAGAGUUUUACGGGCUGCAGUCGUCAUCAGAGAAACGCAUAACUGAACUCCAAACUCAGAAUUCUGAACAGCAGGCACGAUUGGAAACGUACGAGCGAUUGGAAAAGGAGCUGGAUGAUGUAACCAUGCAGGCUGCAGAAAUGGAGAAUGAAGAUGAGGCAGAGAGGGUUCUGUUUUCGUAUGGUUAUGGUGCGAACAUUCCUACAACGGCUAAGAGAAGACUGAAGCAAAGCGUUCACUUGGCACGCCGGAUUUUGCAGCUGGAGAAACAGAACACGCUGCUUAGGAGAGACCUGGAGCGGCAGACGACACACACCAGUCAGAUCUCUGAAGAGUUGAAGGCGGCUAACAAGCUUCUUCAGCUAGCCCAGCAACCGCACAGCUACCUGAUUGAGACCGUAAGGCAGAGAGACACUCAGAUCCACGCAUUGAAAGAGCGUCUCGCACAGUUAGAAGAGGAAGUAAGAGCACUGCGAAAAGAAAAGACUGCAUUGCUGCAGGUGAAAAAUAACAUGGCAGCUGAUCUGGAAAGGCUCCUGAACCACAGAGAGGAACUGUCUGUGAUGAAGCAAGUCUUGAUUAGCAUGCGCUCACAGCAGCCUGGUGAGCAUGUCUCUCUUUCCCUACCUGAGCUUGAGACGGAUGGUACAGCGGUUCACAGACAGAGACAAUUAAAAAACACAGAUGAGGAGCAAUAUAACCAUGGUCCCAAACCCACAGUGUUUACCAAUAAAGAAGUUCCAGAUUGGUACAGAAAACUUAAACGGAAAACCAAAUAAUAGACUUGUUCAACCUGUUUAAGAGCGUAACAUGUCAUGCAAUCCCUGAUGAAAGCAUGUUUUAGCUAUUAGACGACUUAUUACAAAACUAGUUACACAAGUUUGCGUGUCUUUAUGUAGCCUUCAAGGACACAGACAAUUAAUUCUUUUUUUCCCUUGGUAUUAAAUCGCUUUAAUGCA